UCGAGAUGGAAGCAAAAUUUUGCAGAAAAUGCAUUUUCUAUGUUUAUUGUAAUAUUGUAGCGUAAAUAGAUAACAAGUUACUUAAAUAAUCGAACAGUUAUAAGAUUAUAUUAUGUUCAAUACAUCUGGGUAUUUUCGAGGCGUAACAUGUCCGUAUUAUGCCAAUGGGCUAUGUGAAAGACCCUACUGCCAUUUUCGACAUGUCAAAGCUGACAACAAUGAACAAAAAGAGCAUGCAGAGCAAGAUGGCUCAUCAAAGGAGCAGUCCCAGACAUCUAGUAAUUCUGGUUCCUCUCUUUCCAUUCUCAACAUGGUUGGGAAUGCAAUACAGCAGGUACAAAGAGAAAUUGAUGUCAAUCAGACAAGACCCCCUCAUAUACAAGGGGCACCUGGCACCCCAUUGGUUUACAAACCUACACUUAUUUCACAUGGAAGGAAGCAGGAACUUGCAUCUACAAAUUUCAGUAACCGCAAUAGACUUCAAGCCAAACCAUAUCGUUAUGUCCCAACUGCUAUUCCAAAGAACAGGCCUCAUUUAAUAUCUUAUAAACCAACUCCAAUCAAAGAAUUAAAGAAACAGGAUACCAGUAAUACUGACCUAGAAUAUGAUCCUGCUUGUAAUUACUCCACUAGUACAACUAAAAGUCCUCCUAAAAAGCCUCCAAAUGAAACAAGUAAAAGCCCAAUAAAAGGAGCUAAUGUUAAGAGUCCAGGUAGAGCACUCCCAUCUGAUGCUAUUGAGGCCAAGUUCAGUAGUGAAAGUGAGUCUGAGGUUGAGGCAAAGGAUGAAGAUAAAAUAAAAGAGGAGAAAGAUGAUCACAAAACUGAGUCUGAGUCUGAAAAGAAUAAGGAUCACAUUGAACAGCAUGCAAAUGCUAAUAAAGAAGACUUGGUGUCUAAUAUCUCAUCAGGAACAGAAAGUGUGGAAGCCAAUGUAACAAAGAGAAAUGAAACUGAUCAAAAGUUAAUGAAACCAGAUGAAAAAUUAAAAGAUAAAGACAAUUUGGCAGAUUCUGGCACCAAAAAAGAAACAGGGAAAGAUAUUCCCAUUGAGGAAUCUAAGGAAAAGCCAAAAGAAACAACUGGAAAACAGUCAAAUGCUGAAGAAGAGGAUAAUGCGGAUAUAAUUGAAGUUCCCAUUGACACAAGCAAAGUGAAGAAAGAAAAGGAAGAUGAUGCAUAUGAAAGGACAGUUAAAACAAAUGAAGCUCAUCCAGCUGACACCAAAAACAAAGAUGUCAAAGAACAAGACAAUGUUGUUGACAAAAUACAAAACAUUAAACUAGAAAAAGACACGCCCCUUAGUACAAAAGCAUAUGAAGAGGCAGACACCACAAAUAAAGACCAGUCUAUUAUGAAACCAGAAAAAGUGAAACAAGAACAAUCUGAUCAACAUAAAGAUAAUUUGGAUGAUCUACAAGCAGAGUCAAAAAAGAUUAAAGAGGAUAAAGCUCAGCGAGAUUCAGAUGACUCCUUGGUUCUCUCUGAUAGUAGCAGUGAUUCUAGUGUCGGGUCUGAAUAUAGCAAUACCAGCAGCUCAAGUAGUUCAGAGUCUUACAGUAGCAGUAGCAGUGAUUCAGAGUCAGAUACAACAAGAUCUUCAAAGCAUAAAAAGACAUCAAAAACAAAAAGGAAAAACAAAAAGCAUAGAGACACAAGUCAUUCAAGAUCACGUGAUAAAAAGUCAUCUCACAGAUCUAGACAUAAGUCACGAAAAACAAAGAAAAAAUCUCGUCAUUCUUCAAGGUCAGCUUCUCGAUCUAGAAGUAGGAGAAAAUCAUCAACUAAACAGAAGAGGCACAGGUCAUCUCGUUCAAGGUCAAGAUCAAAAAGUAAAAAGAAGUCAGAUGAAAAACAUGGAAAACAUAAAUCAACAUCUUCUAGGUCAGUGUCACAUUCCAAGUCCAAGAGGAAAUCAAAUGAUAAGCAACAUAGGAAAGCUACCUCAAGGUCACCAUCAAUAUCAUCCUCAAGGUCAAGUUCAAGAUCUAAAAAGGACAAGAAGGAAAAGUCUAAAAAGGAUAGAUCUCAUGAUAAAUCUUCAAAACACAAACCUGAGUCUAAGACAAGCACAGAUAAAAGAAGUUCCUCAGAGAAAAGAUUGAAAGAUAAAGAUAAGGACAGACAGAAGAGGAGAGACUCAACAGGAAAAGAAAAAGAAACAAGACAUCGAGAUAAAAAGUCUAAGGAGUCUAGUAAGAAUAAACAUUCUAAAUCAAAGAGCUUAGAAUCAAGACACCACAAAACAGACAAAAAGGAACAUUCCAAAAGUAAACAUAAAGAUGCAAAUGAUGCACUCAAAGCUAGCAUAAAAAGGAAACGCAGCACAUCUCAAACAUUAGUACAAUUAUUUGGUGAGGAUACUGAUAGUGAUCUAGAAGUUAUAUCAAGUGGUUCAAAAGCCAAGAAACCAAGCAGUUCAGUUGAAGAAUCUAGCACUAAAAGAUCAUUAAUUGUAUGUUCCCCUGUCAAAUCUAAGAGAAAGGAUCCUGAAGUGAUUGUAAUUGAUAAUGAUAAUGACCAUAAACAGUCAAACCAUGGUGUUAUAAAAUCUUUGCCCCUGACCAAACGUAAGAACAGCACUGAUACCAAAGUUGCUACUCCAAACAAUAAACUGAUAAAGGAUCAUAUGGAAAAUAUUAGAAAAAGUAUUGAUGAUAAUGACAAGCCUGAUGCUGAGAAAGACAGAAAUGUAACACCAGCUAAAAUUUCAAAGAACAGGUUGACAUCAAUACGUAAAAGUAUUGAAGAUAUUUUGGAACAUGAACCAAAACCAGGACCAAGUAAUGAAAAUGAUAACCCCAAAGAUGACAAAACAGCCAAAGAUCUGGAAAGUGACAUUGACAAUGAUGUUGAUGACCUCAGUUCAGAUGAUGAAAAUGACUUUGAGGAGGUUGAAGACAUGGACCUUGAAGCAAUGUUUGAAGAGGAUGAUCCUUUUGAUGAAUGUUUGAAGAUAUUUAAUGAGAGCAAAGGUGUCGCUCCAGUCAAUGACCAGGGUCCUCUGAAAAAGAAAAAAACAGAAACGGAAGCAGCUUCCUCUAGCCUAGCAAAGAAGAGGAAGGCACAUGAUAAAGCUGCCAACAUUCCAGUAAAAAAGAGCAAGCCAAAGACAUCAGUAAGAAUGACUCCUGCCCAAGUAAUGCAUAACAGGUUCCAGGACCUGCAGAAGAAAAUGACUAAAGUUGCUGCAGUAAAUGAUUCAAACACUCAGGUGGCCUAUUCUAUGAGUAGUUCAACAUCUUCUGUACAGCGCACAGCUCACACCCCCAAAGCCAAGCCAGGCACAAGUCUACUCACAAAUAAAAGAAGGGAGUCUCUUGUUAAGAAAACACAAGAACCGCUUCAAAUAGGAACAAUAGCAAAAAAUGCCAAGCGAGUGGCUCAUGUUCCAGCUGUGGCCACUGUGCAGAGACCUACAGUUCCAGCAGACUUUGGAUCCAAGAUCCCCAGUAGUAUACGACAGAGAUACCUCAAUCUGAUCAUAGAUGAGCAGCUGAAAGGCUUGAAACCUGGUACUGAGGAAGGGCCAUAUUAUGAGAAGAGUCUAGCAGUGGAAAAAGCUGUCUAUGAUCGCAGUAAAAGUAAGAACAUCUACCUCAACCUAGUCGUCUGUGCAAUUAAACAAAUCAGGAAUGACAAUGCCAAAUCACAAGCAAGCACCUCCAGUGGAAGUAAAAAGCCAGCUGCUUCGAGGAAGGUAUCCCACAAUGCAGUACUAGGUGGUGCUCCAGCUGCGAGAACAACAUUUACCGUGAAUCGGUUUGGUGCCCAUAAACAGCUUACAGAUGCAGAUCUUAAAGGUAGUGAGUUAUACAACAGAUUACAGCCUUACUUAUUGACUGAGGAACAGCUGAGAGAGAAUGGCUUCCCAAGGCCAAACCCUGAUAAAGCAGGAGCUGCACUCUUCUAUAAAGAGGAUAAAGAAAAGAAAACUAUAACAAGCUCAGAGUUUGAGAAGGUGUGUUGCCGGUGUGGCUCGCGUUUCAUGGUGCUCUCCAAUGGCAGAUAUAGCAAAGAUGAGGAAUGUGUGCACCACUGGGGCAGAGCAUAUAAAAGAAAGCUCCAUGGUGUGGUAGAGGCCAGAUAUAACUGCUGUCAAGAAAGUGUUGGUGCCAGAGGAUGCUCAGUAGCUAAGAUGCAUGUGUUUGAUGACAACAAGAAGAAAGACUUGAGUGGUUACAUGAAGACAUUACCCUGUUCCCCUCUUCCUGAUGGUGACUAUGGUGUAUAUGCACUCGAUUGUGAGAUGGUGUACACAUUGAAAGGUUUUGAGCUGGCAAGGGUAACUGUAGUUGGAGACAACCUGAACUCAGUCUUUGAAAAAAUUGUAAAACCUGAGAAAAAGAUUAUCGACUAUAAUACAAGGUUCAGUGGAUUGACAGAGGAAGACAUGGAGGGAGUUGUUGCUACGCUGAGAGAUGUACAAGCUGCCCUUCUCAGCCUUUUUGAUGACAAAACAAUCCUCCUUGGGCACAGCUUGGAGAGUGAUCUAACAGCCUUGAAGCUUCUACACAACACUGUGGUUGACACCUCUGUGGUAUUCCCUCACAGAUUAGGAGCUCCCUACAAACGAGCACUGAGAAAUUUGAUGGCAGAGUACAGACAGAAGAUCAUACAAAAUGAUGUUGGUGGCCAUGACAGCAUGGAAGAUGCCACAUCCUGCAUGGAACUCAUGUUUUGGAAAAUUAAAGAAGAUGCUAAAAAAGAACUUAUAAAACACAAAUGAUAGAUAAGAAUACUCUAAGGCUGGGACAAUUUUCAUUUGCAAUCAUUUUGCUCCAGUGCUGUUUGGCACCUUAAUUUAAGUUCUAAGUCAGAAGUAAAUCAUAAAGUAAGUGCUGGCUACAGACACAGUGUUCCUCAGUGACCACCUUACAUGACCGAUGACGACCUUUCUUAUUAUACAUUGACAUUGAUAUAUUUUGUUUUAACAUGGGUACCUAGGAAAGAAGUCCAUGGUUUUAACUGCGUAAUUGUGCAAUUUAAAAGCUGUUCUGUAUGAUAAAGUUGAUUACAAUGAAAAUAUUUGCAGUAUAAUAUACA